AUGAAGCGAUCAAAUUCUUACACUAUGAAUCAAAUUUCCAAUGGGACAUCGUCUCAGACACCUCCUAAAUCAGAAGAGAAGAUACUAAAGGGAUUAUUUAAGAAACCGAAGGAUGAAGAUGACAAUGAAAAAUUGUCACCGAAUGAGAAAAAACAGGCACCAACCGUCAGUUUUCUAAGUUUGUUUCGCUAUGCAACAAGGAUUGAUGUAUUUUAUUACAUAUUAGCUACAAUUGCAGGUUUAGCAAGUGGAGCUGCAUUUCCCUUAUUAUUGUUAAUUUUUGGCAAUCUAACAGAUACGUUCACAAAUCCAAACUAUAAUUUUGGCAAUCUAACAGAUACCCUUGGAAUGGGGGGAGAAACUGAUAUAUGUAAAUUAAAUCAAACGAUUUUUAAUUAUUGGACAACCAAAUUUUGUGUGGGUACGGGUAUUAAUUUAACUGCAUCGAAUUUUCUCUCAGAAUACUCAAAAUGUGAUUUCCCUGGCGUUGGCUCUGAUUUUACAGAUAAAAUUCGUGAACAAUCGUUGUAUUUAGUUAUAAUCGGAGCUGCAUCGAUUGUCGUCGUCUAUUUUCAAGUAGCUUUCUUUUCUAUUGCGGGUGAGAGACAGACGCGUCGAAUUCGAGAAGAACUGUUUCGUUCUGUCUUAAAUAAACAAAUUGCCUAUUUUGAUAUGCAUAAAACUGGAGAGCUCAAUACACGUUUAUCAGACGAUAUUAAUAAAAUUCAUGACGGAAUAAGUGACAAACUUGGAUCAGCACUUCAGUUUACAUCUGCUUUCAUCACUGGAGUUAUAUUAGCCUUUAUCAAGGUCACAGCAGUAUUUAGUCUGGGACAAGCGGCACCACACUUUCAAUCUCACGCACAAGCAAGAGGGGCAGCAUUUACGGUUUGGGAAAUUAUUGAUACACCAUCAGCAAUUUCGAGUAACUCCGAAGAAGGCUUUAAAGGAACAGAUUUAGUUGGUGACGUAUUAUUUGAUAAUGUUGACUUUACGUAUCCAUCAAGAGCUGAUGUACCAGUUCUCAAUAAAUUAUCAUUCAGUGCACAACGUGGUCAAACAAUUGCGCUAGUAGGCAGUUCCGGUUGUGGAAAAAGUACAUGUAUUCAACUAUUACAACGAUUCUACGAUCCAAUCGCUGGUUCAGUACAAAUUGAUGGUCGUCCGGUCAACGAAUAUAAUUUACGUUGGCUCAGGCAACAUAUCGGCGUUGUUAGUCAAGAGCCAAUUUUAUUUGCAACAACAAUCAGUGAAAAUAUCAAAUACGGUAGAGAUAGCGCAACAGAAAAAGAAAUUAUGGAGGCCGCAAAAAAAGCAAAUGCCCAUGAUUUUAUUAUGUUAUUGCCUAAUGAUAAUGAAAGUGAAACAAUUGUUCAAGAUGCAUUGGAUCGUGCAUCGAGUGGUAGAACAACAAUUGUCGUUGCUCAUAGGCUUUCAACUAUUCGAAAUGCAGAUAAGAUAAUCGUAAUCUCUGAAGGUCAAGUCGUUGAAGAAGGUGAUCAUGCAACAUUAAUGAAAAGUCAAUCAACUUAUUAUGCUCUUGUCGAAGCACAAAAUCUGCGUUCAAAAACAGCUGAUGAUGAUCAAGAUGAUGAUGAUUUACUUGAAAGAAGAGAUACCGUUCAUUCCAAUCGUGCUCUAUCAAUUACCGAUUCGAAAUUUGCAACUGUAUCAAUUAUGGAUGAUAAAAAAAUUGACGAUUCUUUGGAUAAGAAACAAGCUAAAAGAUCCAGCUGGACAAUAAUGCUCACCAUGUUAAAAAUGAAUCGUCCAGAAUUAUGUUUUAUUAUCUGGGGUUGUGUAGCGUGCCUUUGUAAUGGAGGCAUUCAACCAGCCUUCGGUGUAAUUUUGGCUAAAAUAAUCGCUGUCUUUCAAGAAUGUGAUUUAAAAGUACAAGAAAAAAAUGUAACAUUAUACGUUAUUAUGUUCAUUAUAUUCGCCUUUUUAAUGUUAAUUACAAUGUUUUUACAAAGUUUCUUAUUUGCUUGUUCUGGCGAAGCAUUAACUCAACGUCUACGAGCAAAAACAUUUCAAUCAAUGUUAAGACAAGAAGUAGCAUGGUUUGAUCUUACAGAUAAUAAUACUGGUGCCCUAUGUACGAGACUAUCAACAGAAGCAUCGGAUGUACAAGGAGCCACUGGCAUACGUAUUGGAACGAUAUUACAAAAUAUUGCUAAUUUGGGUGUUGGUAUCAUUUUAGCAUUUAUCUAUGGAUGGGCAUUGACUUUAGUAGUGCUCGCAUUUGUACCAUUUAUGAUUAUUGCCGGCUUUUUACAAACAUAUUUGCUUACUGGAUUUGCUACAAAAAGUAAAAAAGUUCUAGAAGAUGCAGGAAAAAUUGCUGUUGAAUCCAUACAGAACAUUAGAACAGUGGCCCAAUUGACAAAAGAACAACGAUUCGGUGAUGAUUAUUGUCGUCUGUUGGACAUACCCUUCAAAAAUUCAAUUAAACGGGCACAUAUAUUCGCAAUUUUAUUUAGUACAACUAAUUCUAUCAUGUUUUUUGCUCAAGCAGCAUUAUUUUCAUUCGGUGCAUACAUGGUAGAAAAAGGGAAAAUGGAAUUCGAAGAUGUCAUGCUAGUUUUAAAUUGUAUUUUAUUUGGAGCAAUGGCUGUUGGUCAAACUGCAUCGAUGACUCCCGAUUAUGGCAAAGCUGUUGCUUCGGCAGAGAAAAUACUUCAGAUUUUUGAACGAACGCCUGAGAUUGAUAAUUCGUCAACGACUGGUGAAAAAAUUGAUAAUUUUCGUGGUGAAAUUCUAUUUGAUUCUGUAAGUUUUCAUUAUCCAAAUCGACCUGAAGUGACAGUACUAGAACAUUUGACUUUAAAAAUUAAACCAGGUCAACAAGUGGCAUUAGUAGGCUCUUCUGGUUGUGGUAAAUCCACUUCCAUUCAGCUUCUGGAAAGAUUUUAUGAUCCAUCUGAAGGUGGAGUGCAUAUUGAUUCAAAAGAUAUUCGUAACCUAAAUUUACAAUGGUAUCGAUCACAAAUUGGAAUUGUUUCGCAAGAGCCAGUGUUGUUCGAUUUGUCUAUAGCAGAAAAUAUAGCCUAUGGUGAUAAUUCUAGAACAGUGAACAUGGAAGAAAUUAUCGAAGCAGCUAAAAACGCUAAUAUUGAUACGUUUAUUAGUUCAUUGCCCAAAGGCUACAAUACAAACAUUGGCACAAAAGGAACACAAUUAUCAGGUGGUCAGAAACAACGCAUUGCUAUAGCACGAGCAUUAAUUCGAAAUCCCGCAAUAUUAUUGUUAGAUGAGGCAACAAGUGCUUUAGAUACAGAAAGCGAAAAAGUUGUACAAGACGCUUUGGAUCGAGCACAACAAAAUCGAACAUCUUUAACGAUUGCCCAUAGACUUUCAACUAUUCAGAAUGCCGAUUUAAUUUGUGUUUUGAAACAUGGAAAAAUUGUUGAAAGUGGAACACAUGAUGAACUGGUUAAUAAAAAAGGUUUAUAUUAUAAACUCGCACAAUCGAAACUGAAGUAA